AUGGAUCUCCUAUCGAAUGGAACCAUCUCUGCGACUCCAGAAACCUUCAUGGGUAUCUACGAUGAGUUGAGUAAAUACAAUGUUCAUCUCAACAUAUUUGAACGUCUUUGGGCUAGUUGGUAUGCCUACAUGCAAAAUGAUGUCCUUGCAACUGGUAUCAUGAGUUUCGUUAUGCAUGAAGUGUUUUAUUUUGGGCGAAGUCUUCCUUGGAUUAUCAUCGAUCAAAUUCCUUAUUUCAACAAAUACAAGAUUCAAGGGAACAAAAUCCCUACUGCGGCCGAACAAUGGACAUGUACCAAACUUGUACUCCUCUCACAUUUUACCGUCGAACUUCCUCAAAUCUACCUCUUCCAUCCAAUGGCUAAAUAUUUCGGAAUGGGCACCGAUGUUCCCUUCCCAUCUCUCUUCACCAUCGCCUAUCAAGUAGCUAUCUUUUUCGUUCUCGAAGAUACCUGGCAUUACUGGAUGCACCGCGCUAUGCACUACGGCUGGCUUUACAAGAAAGUUCACAAAAUCCAUCAUCAAUAUUCUGCACCAUUCGGUCUUGCCGCUGAAUACGCAUCUCCAAUUGAAGUUAUGGUUCUUGGUCUCGGAACUGUCGGAUCUCCUAUCCUUUGGGUUAUGCUUACUGGAAACUUACAUAUCUUGACAAUGUAUAUUUGGAUUGUGUGUAGACUUUUCCAAGCCAUUGACGCUCAUAGUGGAUAUGAAUUCCCAUGGUCCUUGCACCAUUUCUUGCCUUUCUGGGCAGGCGCUGACCAUCAUGAUACUCAUCAUGAGAAAUUCAUUGGGAACUAUGCAAGUUCUUUCAGAUGGUGGGAUUAUUGUUUGGAUACCGAGAGUGGACCUGAAGCUGCCAAGAGGAGAAGAGAGAGAAAAAUUGAGAAGGAAGUCAAGAAGGCUCAGUAA